UCCAGGGCUGUUUUCCUACAGUUCCCAGAGUGUGGAUUCUUUGGCAUGUAUGAUAAAAUUCUUCUCUUUCGCCACGACAUGAACUCGGAAAACAUUUUGCAGCUGAUUACCUCAGCCGAUGAAAUCCAUGAAGGAGAUCUUGUAGAAGUUGUCCUGUCCGCCUUGGCCACAGUAGAAGACUUCCAGAUUCGCCCUCAUACUCUCUAUGUACAUUCUUAUAAAGCACCUACUUUUUGUGAUUAUUGUGGUGAAAUGCUCUGGGGAUUGGUACGUCAAGGAUUAAAAUGUGAAGGCUGUGGAUUAAAUUAUCAUAAACGAUGUGCCUUCAAGAUUCCAAAUAACUGCAGCGGAGUAAGGAAGAGACGUCUGUCCAAUGUAUCUCUGCCGGGACCCGGCCUCUCAGUUCCAAGACCCCUGCAGCCUGAAUGUGUGCCCCUCCUCAGUGAAGAGCCACAUACUCACCAAGAACCAAGUAAGAGAAUUCCGUCGUGGAGUGGUCGCCCGAUCUGGAUGGAAAAAAUGGUGAUGUGCAGAGUCAAAGUUCCACACACGUUUGCUGUCCACUCUUACGGCCGGCCGACAAUAUGUCAGUACUGCAAGCGGCUACUGAAAGGCCUCUUUCGCCAAGGGAUGCAGUGUAAAGAUUGCAAAUUCAACUGCCAUAAGCGCUGCGCAUCCAAAGUCCCAAGAGACUGCCUCGGCGAGGUGACAUUCAACGGAGAACCUUCCAGUCUGGGAACUGAUACAGAUAUACCUAUGGAUAUUGACAGCAGCGAUAUGAACAGUGACGGCGGGAGGGGCUUGGAUGACUGAGAGCCAUCCCCACCCGAAGACAAAAUGUUCUUCCUGGACCCGACUGAUCUUGAUGUGGAGCGAGAUGAGGAGACUGUGAAGACAAUCAGUCCAUCCACAAGCAAUAAUAUCCCACUGAUGAGGGUUGUCCAGUCCAUCAAGCACACAAAGAGGAAAAGCAGCACAAUGGUGAAGGAAGGGUGGAUGGUCCAUUACACCAGCAGGGACAACCUGAGAAAGAGGCAUUAUUGGAGACUCGACAGCAAAUGUCUGACAUUGUUUCAAAAUGAAUCCGGAUCAAAGUAUUAUAAGGAAAUUCCACUUUCAGAAAUUCUCCGCAUAUCUUCCCCACAAGAUUUCACGAGCAUCUCACAAGGCAGUAACCCACACUGUUUUGAGAUCAUCACUGACACUGUGGUGUACUUUGUUGAGGACAAUGGGAGCAGCCCUCACAACCCUGUCCUCGCGGCCACUGGAGUUGGACUCGACGUAGCCCAAAGCUGGGAGACAAUCCGCCAGGCCCUCAUGCCCGUAACUCCUCAAGCAAGUGUUUGCACUUCUCCAGGUCAAGGGAAAGACCACAAAGAUCUGGCUACCAGUAUCUCCGUAUCUAACUGUCAGGUCCAGGAGAAUGUGGACAUCAGCAGUGUUUACCAGAUCUUUGCAGAUGAGGUCCUUGGCUCUGGCCAGUUUGGCAUUGUUUAUGGAGAAUCUACACCACCCUGGGAUCGUAAAUCUGGAGUGUAUGUUUGAAACCCCAGAACGAGUCUUCGUAGUGAUGGAAAAACUUCAUGGAGAUAUGUUGGAGAUGAUUCUGUCCAGUG